CAGAAUCGAAAUUGUCAAAAACAAAUCAUAUUUCAAAAUCACAGCUUUUUUGUUUUGAAUGAAUGAAUCACAAUGAAAAACCAAAUAAUGAUUAUUGUUAACCUAAUUUUUAUCGUUAAUCAUCUAAUAUCAACGAUAAAUAAUGAAAAAAUUUUAGAAAAAAUUAGCUGUGAUUUUAAUGAUGGUACCCUUUGCGAUUGGAUACUAAAUACCAAUAAUGAAGAUGAUGGUGGCGGUGGUGGUGGUAACGGUGGAUCAAUUGCUCAAUUUCUACCAAUUUUCAAUCAUACUGAACUAUUUUUCGAUGAUUAUGAACAUGAAAAAAUACUUUUGAUACGAUCAAAUCCAAAAAUGGAUAUUGUUUCGAUUGAAAGUCCAACAUUAUUUACAAAUGAUCGUGAUUAUGAAUUUAGUUUUCAAAUUAAUAUGAAUUUUAUUGGUUAUAUACAAAUCGUUAUUCGACAACAACAAAUUGAAACACAAAUUUUAAAAAUUAAAGCAGAUCAUGAUCAAAAAUGGAAAACAUAUUCGGUUGGUCUACCCAAAUAUCACAAGAUGAACAUUUUAUUGGAAAUAAAAUUCUUGACCAUUAUUGAUCCAAAUUCUGAAUAUAUUGCUUUAAAUUAUGUAAAAAUUAUUGAUAAACAUCAUCAUAAAAUGGAUGAAAAAAAUGAUAAUUGUGAAUAUAAAUGCCUGAAUAGUAAUCAAUGUUUAUCAAAUCAAAGUAUUUGUAACAUAUAUAAAGAUUGUCCAUUUGGUGAUGAUGAAGAACAAAAUUGCGGUAAAUCGAUACAUAUUUUGAUUAAUUUAUUUGAUUUUGAUUUUUUUUUCGUUUCAUAUUCAGAUCUUUUACCGGCUGGUAGUUAUUGUAAUUUUGAUUAUGAUUUUUGUUCAUGGUAUAAUUAUGAUGAACCAAAUUCAAGUGGUCAAUGGAUUCAUUUAACAAAUAAUAAUAAUCAUGAUGAUAAUUCUAUUGAUUCCGGAUCAUUAGGUGUUAUAUUUAAAGGCAUUCAUAAAUUUGCAUUAAUAUCAUAUCUAAAAAGUCCAUUAUUUGAUUCAAUUCCAUCAUAUCAUUCCAUAAUUUCAUCAAAUUAUUUUAACAGUUGUAAGGUCCAUUUUUCCUACAUUUUUCAUACGAUAUCGAUUGAUUUAGCUUUGGAGCUUGAACCAUUUAUUGAUGAUAAUAAUAAUAAUAAUAAUAAUAAACAAAAACCAAUUCAAUUAUGGCGUUAUUUUAACAAUAAAUUAUCAUCAAAAUGGACAAAUGUUACUGUAACAUUACCAACAAAUUUUCAUCAACGUUAUUAUCUAAAAUUUGGUGCAGCAUUAGGUUUAAAAAGUACAAGUACAUUUGGACAAAAAGUUUAUGUUGCUAUUGAUAAUUUUAGUUUAACAAAAUCAUGUUUCGGAAUUGAUGUUCCCGAAAAUGAACGACGCAUUCCAUUAUUUAUUCCGAAAAAAGAACAAAUGGAAAAAUUUUUUACAAUUCCAAAAAAUAAAUCAAUCAAUGCUUUUACAUUUACCACUUGUGGUGCAUCAGGAAAUCAUGGUCCAACAUAUUCACAAUGUGAAUUAUUUUAUCUAAAUUCAUCAACACGUGCAGCUGUUUUUGAAAAAAAUAAAAAUCUUAAUCUAAAUUUGAAUAUCAAUGGUACACAAAUGUGGAUCGUACCUAAAACUGGAUAUUAUACAAUCAUUGCCAAAGGUGGAAAUGGUGGCCGUGGAUUAUAUGAUCAUCCUGGUGGUUUUGGAUCAUUAGUUCGUGCUAUAUUUCAUUUUCAAGAAGGUGAUACAAUUUUUUUAGUCAUUGGUCAUUCGGGUAAUGAUGUUUGUCGAGAAUCUACAAAAAAUUUUGAUCAAUGUAAAUAUCCACGUAAAAAUUCAAAUAAAAUAUCAAUCGGUGGAGGUGGUGGUGGAGCAACAUAUGUUUUCAAAUUAAAUCCUUAUUCGAAUUCUGUUGAAAAAUUCGAACCAUUGUUGAUAGCUGGAGGUGGUGGUGGAGGAAAUGGAAAAUUUGAUCCAAAUUUUAAAUUAUCAUCUGCUCAACAUGGUCGUGGAUUUGAUAUUUACAAUUCGGGAUUUCAAGGAAUUGGUGAUAGAUCUGGUGGCGGUUGGAAUAGUUCACCUUUUGUUCAAAACAAUCAAACUGGUCAAUCAUUAUUGGAUGGUGCUAUUGGUGGAUUGGUUUGUCCACAAUUAUCCGAAUGGAAUGUAACAGGUGGUUUUGGUGGUGGUGGUGGUGGUUGUCAAUCCGGUGGUGGUGGUGGUGGUUAUCAAGGUGGAAAUGUACGAAAACCAUUUGAUGCUGGUGAUGGUGGUACAUCAUAUGUUACAUUCAAUCAAUCAUUUUUACAAUCAUUUAGUAAUCCAAAUAUGUUAUCAUUAUCCGAACAAGAAGAAAUGAUUGCAAAUGGUUUUGUUAUGGUUAUACCACAAAUUGAUGAUUGUUGUAAUGAUGGUCAAUUUGCUUGUUUGAUAACCGGUGAAUUUCAAAAUUACAGUACAGAUAAAUAUUGUAUAUGUGGUUUGGAAAAAUUUCUACCUAAUUCUUGUAUAUAUGAACCACCAAGAUAUGAAAUAAUUCUUUGGGCUGCAUUAUUCAUCAUUUCAAUUGCACUUAUAUUGAUAACAUUCAUUUUGAUUGUGUUUCAAAAACGAAAUUCAAAAAAGAAACAAAACCUACAACGAAAUGAACCGAAUGAUAUGUAUCUUUUAUCGAAUAGUGAUUCAACUGAUUUACAAUUAAGUCGUUUAAGAAGCCAUAAUAUUAUUACUGAAUAUAAUCCUAAUUAUGAAUUUGGUGGAUCUACUUGUACGCUUGGUGAUCUUCCAGAAAUACCACGUGAAAAACUUAAUCUUGUCAAAGCUUUAGGACAAGGUGCAUUUGGUGAAGUAUAUCAAGGAUUUCUUCAUCAAAUGCCUGAUGAAAAUAAUGAUGAAUUACCUGUUGCUGUUAAAACAUUACCCGAAUAUUCAGCCAACAAACAGGCCGAAAUGGAUUUUCUUAUGGAAGCAUUGAUUAUGUCAAAAUUUAAUCAUCGAAAUAUUGUUAGAUUUAUUGGUAUUUGUUUUGAAAAAAUGCCAAGAUUUAUAAUUCUAGAAUUAUUAUCCGGUGGUGAUUUGCGAACAUUUUUACGUGAAAAUCGAAGUGUUGUAGAAAAACCAUCAACAUUAGUGAUGGGUGAUCUACUUGUGAUGGCUUUGGAUGUUGCUUGUGGUUGUCAAUAUUUGGAAGCAAAUCAUUUUAUACAUAGAGAUAUUGCAGCAAGAAAUUGUCUGCUUACAUCAAAAAUUAAAAUGAUUACAAAUACAAAUCAAUCAUUUAAUAGUGAUGGAAAAUUUGAUAUAAAUAAUUAUAAAAAUGGUUUUCAAAAUAGUGGUAUUGUUGUAAAAAUUGCUGAUUUUGGAAUGGCAAGAGAUAUUUAUCGUGCAAAUUACUAUAGAAAAGGUGGUAAAGCUAUGUUACCAGUAAAAUGGAUGCCACCUGAAGCAUUUUUAGAUGGAAUUUUUACAUCAAAAACUGAUGUAUGGAGUUUUGGCGUUCUUUUAUGGGAAGUAAUGUCGAUGGGAUAUUUGCCUUAUCCUGGAAGAGGAAAUCAAGAAGUAAUGCAAUUAGUUACAGCUGGUGGACGUUUAGAAUGUCCAAAUUCAUUAACACCAUCACAAAUUUAUGAUAUUAUGAUGCAAUGUUGGAAUGCAAGUCCUGAACUUCGUCCAAAUUUCACAAAAAUAAUUGAAAAUAUUGGUGAUUGUUUACGUGAUCCAGAUAUACUAAAUAUACCAUUGCCUAUAUUUCAUCGAUCAGCAUCAAUGGAAAAAGAUAAUACAUUAAUGAGACCACCACCUGAUGCAACUGAUUAUCUUAUACCAAAUAAUUUUGGUUCACAAACCAAUUCAAAUUAUAGUGUUGCUACGGAAAAAACCGAAUUAUUAUCACCUGAUACAUGUUCAACAUUAAGCUGUAAUAAUGAUGAUAAUCAUAAUCAUAAAAAUUUUGAUACAAUUAUUGAUGAUCAUCAAAAUGAUCAUACAAAUUUAACACAACAAAAUUUUGAUUAUUUAAAUCAACAAAAUCGUUUUAAUACGGAAAUUAUUUUAAAUCCAAAUAGAUUUAAUAAUCAAAAUCAAUCGGUUAGAUAUGUAAAUGUUAAUGUUAAUAAUUCUAUGAUUCAAACUAAAAACAUUUAA